GUGUGUGCGCCUCUUGCCUGCAGCCGCUGCAAGUCGCACCGAGCCAACAGCGGCUUUUUGUGCGCAUGAUGCACCGUGCUCGACGCACCUGUGAGGGACCAUAAACCCAACCCCGGUACCGCCUGGUGCCCUCCGCCCCUCGCCGCUCCACACCAACACCAGCACCGGACACACUGCUGCUUCUACCCGAAGACUGGAAUUUUAAAAAACUGCGGCUCUGUGGAGUUUACGGCUGGAUUUUUUUUUGCACUUGGAUACUCUUGGUGUUCUGUUUAUCUAAGUGAUGGAACUGAGGCCGACCUGUGGAUCCCUCGUCAGCUCCAUGUCACAGUGGAAAACAUGAAGGAGGAACAUCAGCUGGCCCUGAUAGCCAGAGAAGUUAAUUCCAUCAGACUGUACACCAUGAGUUCUGAUUGCAUAAAAUCUAAAGUGUAAAAAAAAAUAUAUAUAUUCCCAUAUAUCAUCUCCUCAACCCGAAGGAGGAAAACCACAACUCCGACUGGACAACUCAUUAAUGUGUUUGACUAUAAGACUGUUAACGACAACGACUGUUCUCUUGCUUCUGCCCUUUUCCCUUUAAAAACAUAUUUUUAUAACAAAUAUUUAUGUCUGCACUCAGUGUGGACAAAACUGUGGAUCUCUAAAAAAUCCAUCCAAGCACAACACAAUUCAAUUUGAUUGGAUUAAUAUUUUUUGCAGCCAUGGAUCUUAUUGGUUUUUCUAUCAGGCUGCAGGUGUUCCUCAGUACAUGUCUGGGACUGGAAUUUUUAGGGACACCAGGUCAGUGGGCACGCUACCUCCGCUGGGACGCCAGCACCCGCGGCGACCUCAGCUUCCAAUUCAAGACAGACGCGUCCGAAGCGCUGCUGCUGUACUUUGACGACGGAGGCUACUGUGACUUUCUGCAGCUGGCGGUGGUGGAGGGUCGACUGCAGCUGCGAUUCAGCAUCGACUGCGCUGAGACCACAGUGGUGUCUGAUAGACGGGUGGAUGAUGGCAGUUGGCACUUUGCCACCCUGAGCAGGUAUAACCUGCGCACGGUGAUGAUACUGGACGGCCAGGUCAAAGCAGACGAGGUGCGACCUCAGCGUCUGUUCAUGAAAAUCAUCAGUGACCUGUUCCUUGGUGGAGUGCCUCAGGACAUCCACAGCGCAGCGCUCACACUGCCCACGGUGCGAAACAUGCAGCCCUUCAAGGGCUCAAUCACAGACCUCAAAUAUGGUUCACCGCCACUCUUCCUGGGAAGCCUUAAGGUGCCCCUGGAGUCAGAGGGAUGGUGCACGGUGAACCCAUGUGAAAACGGUGGGACAUGCUCAGUGGUGGACGGAGAGCCGGUGUGUGACUGCUCCAAAACAGAGUACAAGGGCCGCUUCUGCAGUGAAGGGGUCAACAACAAUAUGCCAGGCCUUGCACACAUGAUGGCAGAACAAGCUAAAAGCAAAGCAAGGGAAGAGAACGUGGCCACCUUCCGGGGCUCGGAGUACUUCUGCUACGAUCUCUCCCAGAACCCCAUCCAGAGCAGCAGCGACGAAAUCACGCUCUCCUUCAAGACGUGGCAACGUAAUGGCCUUAUCCUCCACACGGGCAAGUCAGCUGACUACGUCAACCUGGCGCUGAAGGACGGAGCCGUGUCCCUCGUCAUCAACCUGGGCUCAGGAGCGUUUGAGGCCAUCGUGGAGCCGGUCAAUGGGAAGUUCAACGACAACUCGUGGCACGAUGUCAAAGUGACACGCAACCUGCGGCAGGUGACGAUAUCAGUGGACGGGAUCCUGACCACAACAGGUUACACCCAGGAGGAUUACACCAUGCUGGGCUCUGACGACUUCUUCUACGUGGGUGGAAGCCCCAGCACCGCUGACCUGCCCGGGUCUCCAGUCAGCAACAACUUCAUGGGCUGUCUCAAGGAGGUGGUGUAUAAGAACAAUGACAUCCGUCUGGAGUUGUCCCGCCUGGCUCGAAUCAUUGACCCAAAGAUGAAAAUCCAGGGCGAGGUGUCCUACAAGUGUGAGAACGUGGCCACCCUAGACCCCAUCUCCUUCGAGACGCCCGAGGCCUACAUCAGCCUCCCCAAGUGGAACACCAAGCGGAUGGGAUCCAUCUCGUUCGAUUUCCGCACCACCGAGCCAAACGGCCUCAUCCUCUUCACACAUGGAAAACCUCAAGAGCGCAAAGACGCCGCCCGCAGCCAGAAGAACACCAAGGUGGAUUUCUUUGCAGUGGAGCUUCUCGACGGCAGCUUGUACCUGCUGUUGGACAUGGGUUCAGGGACGAUCAAGGUGAAGGCCACACAGACCAAGGUCAACGAUGGAGCCUGGUACCAUGUGGACAUCCAGAGAGAUGGACGUUCAGGUACGAUCUCAGUCAACAGCAGAAGGACCCCGUUCACAGCCAGUGGUGAGAGUGAGAUCCUGGACCUGGAGGGUGACAUGUACCUGGGCGGACUCCCCACCGACCGCACCAACCUCAUCCUGCCCACAGAGCUCUGGACCGCCAUGCUCAACUACGGCUACGUGGGCUGUAUCCGUGACCUUUUCAUCGACGGUCGAAGCAAGGACAUCCGACAGAUCGCCGAGGCGCAAAACGGCGCUGGCAUCAAACCCUCGUGCAACAAGCAGCCGGGCAAGCAGUGUGAGAGCUACCCAUGCAAGAACCGAGGCGUCUGCAAAGAAGGAUGGAAUCGUUUCAUAUGUGACUGCACCGGCACUGGCUUCUGGUCACGCACCUGUGAGAGAGAAGCCUCCAUCCUCUCCUACGACGGCAGCAUGUACAUGAAGGUGGUGAUGCCCAACAUCAUGCACACGGAGGCGGAGGACGUCUCCCUGCGAUUCCGCUCCCAGCGAGCCUACGGCCUCCUCAUGGCCACUACCUCCCGAGACUCAGCCGACACGCUCCGGCUGGAGUUGGAUGGGAGUCGCGUCAAACUCACGGUCAACUUAGACUGUAUCAGGAUAAACUGUAACUCCAGCAAGGGACCGGAGACCCUGUAUGCCGGGCAAAAGCUCAAUGAUAAUGAAUGGCAUACAGUGCGUGUGGUGCGUCGCGGCAAAACCUACAAGCUAACGGUUGACGAUGAUGUAGCAGAAGGCCAAAUGGUGGGUGACCACACGCGCCUGGAGUUCCAUAACAUUGAAACGGGAAUCAUGACGGAGCGGCGAUUUGUUUCCAGCAUCCCGUCCAGCUUCAUCGGCCAUCUGCAGAGCCUCAGAUUUAACGGCAUGCUCUACAUCGACCUGUGCAAGAACGGCGACAUUGACUUCUGCGAGCUCAACGCCCGCUUCGGAGUUCGUUCCAUAAUCGCGGAUCCCGUCACCUUCAAAUCCAAGAGCAGCUACCUGAGCCUGGCCACCCUGCAGGCCUACACGUCCAUGCAUCUCUUCUUCCAGUUCAAGACCACCUCUCCGGACGGCUUCAUAAUCUUCAACUCUGGAGACGGAAAUGACUUUAUCGCUGUGGAACUGGUUAAAGGAUACAUCCACUACGUGUUCGACCUCGGAAAUGGACCAAACCUCAUCAAGGGCAAAAGUGAACGAGCGCUGAACGACAACCAAUGGCACAACGUGGCCAUCACCCGAGACAACAGCAACACGCACACACUGAAAGUGGACGCCAUAGCAACGAGCCAGAGCAUCAACGGGGCCAAAAACCUCGACCUGAAAGGUGAUCUGUUCAUCGCCGGACUGGGACCGGGCAUGUACGGUAACCUGCCUAAGCUGGUGGCCUCCAGAGAGGGCUUCCAGGGCUGCUUGGCAUCGGUGGACCUCAACGGCCGUCUGCCGGAUCUCCUCAGUGACGCCUUGUUUCGCAGCGGACAGAUCGAGCGUGGAUGCGAAGGUCCCAGCACCACCUGUCAGGAGGACUCCUGCGCCAACAUGGGAAUCUGCUUCCAGCAGUGGGAGAACUACACCUGUGACUGCUCCAUGACCUCCUACACAGGGACACAGUGCAAUGACCCUGGGACGACGUACAUCUUUGGUAAAGGAGGAGGCCUCAUCACAUUCAAGUGGCCGGCCAAUGAGAGACCGAGCACCAGGACGGACAGGCUGACCGUCGGCUUCAGCACCUCCCUGAAAGAAGGCAUCCUGGUCAGGAUCGACAGCGCGCCUGGUCUGGGGGAUUAUCUCAUGCUGCACAUACAACAAGGCAAAAUAGGAGUGACGUUCAACAUCGGCACAAUGGACAUCACUGUGCAGGAGGGCAGCACCCCAGUGAAUGAUGGGAAGUAUCACGUGGUCCGGUUCACCAGGAACGGUGGCAACGCUACGCUACAGGUGGACAACUGGUCCAUCAAUGAACACUUCCCGACAGGGAACAGCGACAUUGAACGCUAUCAAAUGGCCAAUAAGAAAAUUCCUUUCAAAUACGCCAGACCAGUAGAGGAGUGGCUACAAGAGAAAGGACGACAGCUUACAAUUUUCAACACCCAGGCAACAGUCGUAAUUGGAGGUAGUGAUCGCGGCCGGCCCUUUCAGGGUCAGCUGUCGGGCCUUUACUACAACGGCCUCAAGGUGUUGAACAUGGCUGCUGAAGGAAACCCUAACAUCAAGAUUAACGGCAGUGUGAGGUUGGUAGGUGACGUGCCCACUGGAGGAGGCUCAGCCAGGUCUACAGCCAUGUCUCCAGAGAUGUCCACUACCUUUAUAGAGACGACUACCAUGAUGUCCACCACAACCACACGGAAACACAGGUCAUCCUCAACUGUACAGCAUUCGGCGGAUGAAAUCGUGUCGUCUGCAGAGUGUUCGAGUGACGAUGAAGACCUGGAGGAGUGUGAAACGAGCCAUGCAGGUGGGCUAGCACUCCCCACAGAGCCGGGCGUCAGGCGAGUCCCAGGGCCCUCGGAAGUGGUCCGUGAAUCUAGCAGCACCACCGGGAUGGUCAUCGGAAUAGUGGCGGCCGCUGCCCUGUGCAUCCUCAUCCUCCUGUAUGCCAUGUAUAAGUACAGGAACAGGGAUGAAGGCUCCUACCAGGUGGACGAAAGCAGGAACUACAUAACCAACUCAGCCGUGCAGAGCAAUGGCGCAGUCAUGAAGGACAAACAGCAGAACUUGAAAGGCAGCAACAAGAAACAGAAAAAUAAGGAUAAGGAGUAUUACGUGUGACUGUGAGACUUUCAUGAAGAAAGCGCUAAAGAGAACACUUACUUAUCACUUUCCUUGUGAGGAGCUAUGACAAAUGAUGGUAUUACGUGGAACUUGAAUAAUCCUAUACUGUGCUGAGUAGUUGAACUGAUGAUAUGUACUGUAAUAUAAAGCACACUUACUAUUGUAAGCAUAAAGAGAAGGCUAAAUAGCAACUUUAGAGACCUUACUCUUCUAUCUGGUCAGAGACGUUAUCAGUAUAGAAAAUAUUUCACAGCUACAUCAUCUCCUAAGUGACUUUUAGAGCUAUGUGAUCCUUGGCAUCAAACGAAAAACUUUUUUGUAAAAUUGUUAAUUACAAAAGGCUCAUAAUCUUCUACAUUUUCAGCAUGUAAGCAACAUGUAGUGCUUAACAAGAGGGGGUCAGGCACACCAUCAUUGUAAAACUAAAAAAAGAACUCUUGUUGUAUCCGAAUAUGGCACAUUUUUAUGGUUUAUACAUAAUACAAGUGUGGUGUCUAACUUUUUUUUUUUUGCUUAAAGCAAAACUGAAAAAAAUGAAAAAAAGAACAGCAAGUAAAGAAAACUAUAUCUGUGUAUAAAAUGAUACCAAGUCAGCAAAAAUUGCUGUGGGGCAGAUCUCGCAGAAUCUGUCCUCUCUGGAGUCUGAUUCACCACAACUACUGUCAUCGUCAGAAGGAUAGAGGGACUCACUUUGUGGAAACAAGUUGCCGUUUCUCUUGGUUAAAGAGCAACUGAUUGUAAGAUGCAUGCCAUCCUGAUUCUGCAGUAAAGUACGGUACUGUAAAAGUCCAGUAUGCAUUGUUCAACUGGGACCAUUUAAUGCCAAACAGUUCGUCAUCAUCAGAUCAGAACUUAGCCCCACCCCCCCUGGGUUGAACCCCUCAAAAAAGUUAACUAUGGAAAAAAACAAAUCUCUUUAAGAAAUGGUCUAUUAUUGAUGCACAGCCGGUUGUGGUUUUAUCUUUUUUGAAAAACUGUAUGUUGGUUCGUUGCCUCUCGUUCUCUUUUCUAUGAAGGUGUCAGGAGGAGGACAAAUGCAGUACUACAACACUGUUAACAAAUGUGUACACGGAAAUAAAUCAAAUGUUGAAAGUGUGAAUUCUAUCUGCUGUCACAGUCAACUGUGUCAAAAAAACAACAAAUUUGUUUACAUAUUUUAUUACAUGCUAGCUGUUGUACUUUGUAGGUAGGAAAUUGUACAUAUACCAUGACAGUUGUAAUUUUUAGUACCUCUAUUGUACAGACUGAACAUAUGGUUUAUCAGCGUAUUUCAUGACAGAAAUCUAUUAACUGUUAAUUUACAUGGAGAAAAACUUUAAUCAGAAUGUGGAGAAUCAUAUUGAUAUUUCAUAAAGAAUAAAGAUGUAUUGUUAGCCUAGAGAUCUAACCAGAGAUGUUUCUAAAGUUGCAUGAAUAUUUAACUACUUGCAGUUGUCCAGCAAAUACAAGGUGCCCUUCUUUCUGUAUCAUGGCUUUUGUGUUCUGGGUUACACAAGUGUCAUUUAUUUUUUUGAAAGAGAAUAAAGUCAGAGUUAUGACAAA